UCUCCAGAGGGAUGAAUCAGAGGAGGGCUGGAUUCAGUUUCCUAAUCCCUAAAAGAUCCCCCAGAAUUCACUUGCACUGUCAAUAUCGCCGUCUACGUCCAUUUCCGGUGCGGCUCCUGCUGCCCAGUUGGAGAACCUACUUCUUGUUCAAUUCGGUUGAUCAUCUGGUUCACAGUCAAUGGUGUCUUCUGUGCCAUUUGGACAGGCCUUUCCCUUUACUACCCUUUGAACAGGAGAACAUUCCACCCCCUCCAGUCAUUACAUGCAGCCUCUGUCAUGCAUCUUUGCAGAUACCGGAAGAUCCCUCUGGGCAGGAAGCUCGCUCCCAGCAAGAUGACUGUGGCAAUCUUUGCAAACUGUGUGUUCUUUCUUAAAGUGAAACAUUUACCCAUUCAGGAGAAGAACAGACUGAGAACAUGCAUUAAAGAAAAUGGUGGAAUAAUUUAUUUUGUGCUAAAUCAUGAGUGUACACAUGUCAUUGUGGAUAUUGUUGCUGUACUAAGCUCUUAUUAUCUGAAAACUAUUGAGAAGUAUCGACUUCCCAUUGUAAGUGCUGAUUUUGUAUGGAAAUCAGCUGAAGAAAGAAAACUUUUACAGAUUGAUGAGUAUGAGUCUAGUAAAUCAUUGGAAGGUACUUCUGAUCAAAAGCCAAGCUGUUACGGUGAGAAAAACCGCUCAUCUUCUGAGCAUGAUAUUAAGGAGAAAGAAGAUGCCACUGAGAAGAAUGAAAACUAUGGCCCUGAUCCCACUCCCUUGGAAGUCAGUGAUUGCUCCGUUGGGCCUAAUAUGGAGAGCAUCAGAUUUUAUACAGAAAAAGAUAUUCCUUAUUUUCCACAAGAUUUUGAAGUUGCAAAAUAUGAUGCCCUUGAAAAAAUUAGUACUGAGAAAGGCAAACAAGUUGUAGUUAUUGAAUUGCAGUGUUCCCAGGAAUCAUGUGAGUUUUCCUUUCGAGUAGCUGCACACUUCAGCAUGUCAGAUGGAUUCAAGAGUAAAAAACAGUUCAUAGCAACUAAGACUUCUGAAGAAGUAAGAAAAAAUUAUGAGAUUUAUGUUGAAGAUUUGAAGAACCAGGAUUUUCUAUUAAGAGAAACCUUUCCACCAGGUGCAGACAAUUUAGCCUCUACGAAAUUACAAGAGCUACUUCUAGAAGAAGCCAUAAAUUCAAGCAUUUUAUACCAAGAAAUUAGUGCUUUUGUGAAACUGAUCUGGGCAGAAGCACUUGGUCAUUUGGACCAUUUACUACUUGAACCAGUAAACAACAUCAGCCUAAAUGAUGUGAGCAAAGGGGAAGGUAUUCUACUUCAAAUAAAGAAUGCAAUGAAUGAGGGAACAGCAGGAAAGGCACUGAAAGAAGUGAUGAUGGAGUCCUAUCGAAUUAUAUGUCACAAAAGUGGAAUAGACUAUAAUAUUACCAAAAAUCUGUUAUCUAACAAACUGGACCUCUGUCAGCUAAUCAGAGACCUGCUUAAUGUUUGCGAAACAAGUAUGUCAAGCCCUAACCCACCAUCUCUUGCUAAAUAUCGGGCUUUAAGGUGCAAGAUACAAGCUAUCAAUCCAAAGAGUGAAGAAUUUCUCAAUGUUAAACAGCAGGUGUUGAAAAAUAAUCACAGUGACUGUCCAGUGAAAGUUCUACAAAUAUACAGAGUUGGCAGAAUAAGUGAAACAGCAGAGUUUCUGAGCAGUGUUGGGAAUGUUCAGUCCUUAUUCCAUGCAUCAUCUGUGCGCAACUUUGUUGGAAUUCUCUCCCAGGGACUCCUUUUACCAAAGAUAGUGGUUGAAGAUCAUGGCAUGGAAAGAACUGAUAUUGGGAACCUGGGGAGUGACAUUUAUUUCAGUGAUUCCAUCAGUACAAGCAUUAAGUGUUCUCUACCAAGUGAAAUGGAUGGAACUCGAUUGUUGGCUGUUUGUAAUGUGGCACUAGGAACAUGCCUGGACUUGUAUAAAAAAGAUUUGUCAUUAACUAAUGCACCAUCAGGAUAUGACAGCGUGCAUGGAGUCCGUAAAACAACAAACAUCUAUUCAGAGUUUGAGGAUGAUGAAUUUGUUGCAUACAAAACCUGUCAGGUUAAAAUGAGAUACAUUGUUAAGUUUUGUCUUGCUGGAGACCAAGUAAAGCAGUUUCAGCCUGGAAUUGAGACAGAAUUAGUGCAAGAUCUGCCAGCGAACUCAAAUUGUCAAUUACAACCCAAAGACUAUACAUUACCAAGUGUAAAUCUUUUAAACUAUGUGAAAACUGGUCUUCAGGACACAUCUGGAAACCCAGUCCCUCUUGAAGAUAUUCAUAUGAAGGGGAGGAUAAUAGAAUUCAUAGCACAGGUAGUAGUGUUUCAGACAUACACCAAUCAGAAUGAUAAUUCCAUUGAGGCAAAAUAUGUCUUUCCUUGAUGUGGAUUUGAGGCUUUCAUCAAUGGGAAACAUGUUGUUGGAAAGGUUAAAGAAAAGGAACAAGCACAUAAGGAAUAUAGAGAUGCAAUCAGUUGAGGUGAUGGAGCUUACUUGAUGGACCAGGAUGCCCCUGAUGUUCUUAUUGUAAGUGUUGGAAACUUACCACCUAAAACUACAAUUCUUAUCAAAGUCACCUACAUCACUGAGCUUAGUUUUCAGAAUGGCUAUGUUAUUUUUCAAAUGCCUGCUGCUGUGGCUCCUUGGCAACAAGAUAAAGCCUUAAAUGAAAACACAGAAGAUACAGUAAAGAAGGUUUGUGUUAAGCAAAUAGGAACAAAAAAGGGUGGAUUCUGUAUGGCCAUGUCUAUUGAAAUGCCAUACAGUAUUGAACGCAUUCAUAGUUGGACGCAUACACUUAAAAUAAAGAAAACAGACUGCAAAGUCGUAAUCAGGACUGUGGAGAACAAUUCCUUGGACACCAGUGGCUUUGCUCUAGAAAUCUGGAUUUCUCAAGUAUAUCUACCCAGAAUGUGGGUAGAGAAGCAUUCAAACAAAGAGAGUGAGGCAUGCAUGCUUGUAUUUCAACCAAAGUUUGAAACAAAGUUUAAAGGAAUCCAGCUGUCUGAAGAAAUUAUUAUUUGUCUAGACUGCUCCAAUUCCAUGGAGGGUUCAACACUGCAACAAGCAAAGAAGAUUGCUCUCCAUGUUCUACUUAUGUCUUGUUUUAGACAGAGAGUGAAUGUUAUCAGAUUUGGCAUGAAUUUCACAGAAUUUUCUUCAUAUUCAAAGAAUAUCAAAAGUGAUCUUGCAGGGAAGGAAUUUAUUAUAUCUGCUACACCUACAAUGGGAAAUACUGACUUAUGGAAAACCUUACGUUAUUUAAGUUUGUUGUAUGCUUCUCAAAGAGAGCGUAACAUUCUUCUUCUAUCCGAUGGGCACAUACAGAAUGAGAGCAUGACCUUCCAAAUUGUGAAAGAGAAUGUCAGACACACCAGGUUAUUUACAUGUGGUUUUGGUGCAAUAGAAAGCCAGACAUCCAGAAUAUUUUCUCCAGGAUGCAGUUCUGUCUCUGUUAAAUGGCAACAGUUUGAUGCAAAUGCAUCAGAGCCAUUGGAGGCUCCUGCUCAAAUACAGUCUGUAUUUAACAACGAAAGACUUCUUGUCUAUGGAUUUAUCCCACAUUGUACUCAGGCCACCUUAAAUACACUAAUAAAUGACCAAGAAUUGCAAGCAAUGGUAUCAACCACUGAAUUACAGAAGACAACAGAAACACUUCUCCACAAACUCAUAGCAAGAGCCCUCAUUAGGAAUUAUGAAGAUGGGAUACUUCAUGAAAAUGAAGAACAUGAGAUGAAGAAACAUGCUUUGAAAGUCCUGAUUAUUAACCUCAGCAUGGAGAACUCCAUCAUAACCCAGUUUACAAGCUUUGUGGCAGUAGAAAAAAGGGAUGUUAAUGAAGUUAAGCAUGCUGGUCUUCCAAACUUUCUUGAACUUAUAGCUGAGGAAGAUAUAGACUUUUUACCCUACAUGGACUGGGAACAUCAGACAUCUGGACAUGGAUACCUGUCUUCUAAUAGAGGAGUGGGAUUCGGCAGAUGUGAAUCGGAUUACCCGUGCAGGCGCCAUAGCACAGCAAGCCUGGAGCCCGCUCAGAUCUCCGCUGCAGUUUUGACCAUUGUAAAUACCUCGCACAUUAUUCAGCAGUAUGUGCAGUACCUGCAAAAUCAGGCGAGGAAGCAACAACAGCGCGAUUACUAUACUGCUGAGGACAUGGACCCUGACGUUCUUAGAAGCACAGCAUAUGGCGAUUGGGAGAUCGUGGUGGCGUUGGGCCAGGUUCAUGCCAUGGAACGCCGAUUCUGGGCCCGAAAAACAAGCACAGACUGGUGGGACUGCAUAGUGUUGCAGGUAUGGGAUGAUUCCCAUGGCUGCAAAACUUUCGUAUGCAUAGGGCCACUUUCACGGAACUUUGUGCUUCAGGGCAAGGGACAGCAAAUCACAAAGACACCAGAAUGGGCCGGCUCCAGGUACCAGCGUUCCAAGCAGAUGAUUGGGGUGGCAGUCAGAAAGGGGUGGCAGAGUUUCCGCCGCGGCGGCAACUGGGCAGCAGCUUCUCCGUUCCGCUGGCCACGGCGGCAAUUUGGCAGCAGCUUCUCUCUCUCCUGCCGUCCGCAGCGGCAAUUCAGUGGCGGAAGAGAAGUAUUGCAGUUGAUUGCUACACUUUUAGUGCUGCAGUUCAUACAUUAUAAACAGCAAUUGGAAGUAACCUUCAAAUCUCUAAUGAAACUGGAUGAUUCGCCCACUUCAAGUGCUAUUCACUGGGCUUUUGCUUCAGUAAAGAGAGCAGUGGAAUGGGUAAGAAGAGUUGACAGACAAUUUCCAGCCAUCUGCCAUCGACUUGAACUUGGGAAGGAUUGGGACUCUGCCACUAAGAAGUUGUUGGGUAUCGAGUUAAUCAGCACCAACUUUCCUCCAGGUAUUUAAUCACAGAAAACUUCUAUAAGAGUUAACUACUUUACUUUACUCAUUUUGCAAUUAUAAGACAAAUUACAGGAGUUCACUGCAUUAAUAGAGGAUAAUUUGAUUUUAUAUCUGUAUAAGGAUUGGGUAGUUUUAAUAUCCAGGAAAUUAACCAAGGACAUGGAAAUUUGGGGUCUUUUCUUAUAUUGUCAUCACUAAGGACAGGGUAAUUUUAAAUUUAAAUAUAGUGUUUUACUAAGAGUAAACAUAUACUGCAAUUCACAGUUUAAAUGUCUCAAUGUCUAGCUUCCAUGUUAGAGGAUUUUUAAUUUAAAUUAACAAUUUUGCAGUGCUAAUGCUUUUUAUAAUAUGUUUAAUAUAAACUUGAUUUUUUCUAUAAAUCUUAUCCACUUCUUUGGACCAGUAGCACGAUAUAAAAAAACUGUAAUGUAAUAAAGGAAUUACAUCAGCAAGGAUAUACUUCAAUACAUUGAUAUUGACAGGAAUAAGAACCUGAAUAAUAAAAGCGAACAAACAUUCUUUA